GAGGGCAGCAGGCGCGUUCGGAGGCACCGUCGGGGGAGCAGCAGCAGUCGCCAUGGCGGAUCACGAAGCGGGCGUGACGGCGAAGGGCCGGCGGGCACAAGAUGACAUUGAUACUGGCCUUGGUUUGUGUGGAUGGAUCCUGGUGAUCACGUCUCUCUUUUUCACUAUUAUUACAUUUCCUGUAUCAGUUUGGAUGUGCAUAAAGAUCAUAAAGGAAUAUGAGCGAGCCAUCAUCUUCAGACUGGGACGCAUCUUAAAAGGAGGGGCAAAGGGACCAGGUCUGUUUUUUGUCCUGCCCUGCACAGACAGCUUCAUCAAAGUUGAUAUGAGGACAAUCUCCUUUGAUAUUCCUCCCCAAGAAAUCUUGACCAAGGACUCUGUGACAGUUAAUGUAGAUGGAGUGGUUUAUUACCGUGUCCAGAAUGCCACCCUUGCUGUAGCAAACAUCACAAAUGCUGACUCAGCCACCCGGCUUCUUGCACAGACCACUUUGAGGAAUGUCCUGGGGACCAAAAACCUUUCUCAGAUUCUCUCUGAUCGUGAAGAAAUUGCACACAGCAUGCAGGCCACGCUUGAUGAGGCAACAGAUGAUUGGGGCAUUAAGGUGGAACGUGUGGAGAUCAAGGAUGUGAAAUUACCUGUCCAGCUGCAGAGAGCAAUGGCUGCAGAGGCAGAAGCUGCCCGGGAGGCGAGAGCUAAGGUGAUUGCAGCUGAGGGUGAAAUGAAUGCUUCCAGGGCCCUGAAGGAGGCAUCCAUGGUUAUUACAGAGUCCCCUGCUGCUCUUCAGCUUCGUUACUUGCAGACCUUGACCACCAUUGCUGCAGAGAAGAACUCUACCAUCGUCUUCCCAUUGCCCAUCAAUAUGCUGCAGGGCCUUACAGGCAUCAGUCACUAGGCUGAGCUGGGGGAGAAAGGCUGGGGUGGGGUCUUUUUUGCUAGAGUGAAUGUUUGCAGCACUGAUUUCCCUGUGUUAGAGCUUCUAGCUGUGUUACCAGUUAACCUAAGUGUGUAAUGUUUGUGAGUGUGGACAAUCAAAAUCUUUGAAAGACUCUCAAGAACAAGCAGAUUAUGAUCUCAAUUACAGAUAUAUCUAUGCUGUCCUGGAGGGGACAGCUUUAAUCUGUAGCCUCCCAUUGUCAAACAGUAUAUAAAAGCAUUUGUGGUGGAGAUGAGAUGAUUCAAUGCUUGCAAAGACAACUAUUCCUGUUAGAAAAUGGGUUUGUAGUUCUGCAGUGGAGGUGAAACAGCCCAAACUGUAUUUUCUGGUGGUAUAGUCAUCGGAUUGCUGUCACAGGGAUCAGAUCGCUAGCUUAGAGGAGGAAAAUCAGGCUCAUACUCCUAUCUAAAACAGUCCCUCACUCACGUUAAUAGAACUUUCCAUCUCUCUUCUCCCACAGAAAUCAAUGUUCUGGUUACAAUAACUUGCAGUCACUGAGGGGCUGGACUAGUGGUGUGCCUGUAUGGAUUUAUGCUUCUUUAAUGCACUGGGAAGCUGCUGGGUCUGCCUUUAGCUGUCUCUUAAAAUUGAUUUUCAAAAACCAAAGCACUGACUCCUGCAUUCUCAGCAGGUCUGAAAACCUGCUACUCUGGGAAGAUUUCUGUAACUAGCAGGUGGUGGUGAUGUUUAACAGAAGGUGCUGCACUGUUUAUAGUUGUGUUUGUAACAAGUGAAGUGAUUUACUUGCUAAUGCUGCUUCUGAGCAGACUUGUAGCUGUUGUGAUACUAAGGGCUUAUAAUUGACACCAAAAGCAUGCAAUGUUGUGCUCAUGUACCCUUGAGCUGUGAGUCUGUUACACUGCAUUUGUAUUUUGACCUGUUCAGAAGUUGUAAUUACAGAUUACAAAGAGAAGAAUUGAGAGUCUGGCAGGGGGGAGGCUCUUUAGGCUUCCACCAUCCCAGAGUGGUGGGAUGGCUUUGAAAACAAAAAGCUGUGACCAAUGAUACAAGUGCCCUCCUCACAUUGACCAGCAUAAAACCUCUGCUUUGUGCUUUAUCACUGCUCUGCUACCAUCACUUCUGUACUUACACGUAUUCUAGCAAGGACAAGGACUGUUUACCUGUGCCUUGAUACUCUGUGCCUUUGUCACUGUUAGGAAAGAUGCCCAGAUGCUGGUGGGGCUUGAGCUAUCUGCAGCUGUUUUGCUUCUGCCUGCUUGCUGUGAACUUUUUCCUUCCUCUGCAUCACUCAAGCAAUACACCUGUCUCUGUGUUUGGCAGUUGGUCAGUCAGUGUAAGCUGAGCUUCACUUUCUGCUGGGAGAGGGGGGAGAGAGACAGUUAACAAAGCUGCAGUCAUUAGCAUUGCUGUGCUCAGGCUUGCUGUGGGAAACAGUGACUGCACAGCUUGAGGUUAAUCCUUGGGGAAAGUGAGAGAAUUUCUAACUCCCUCUGCCGCUGCUGUAGAUGGCCACUCCUGGGAAUUCUUGUUGACACCAGGAACACGCUUUUGCUCUCAUCCUGAAUAAAAAGCCUAUGCUGUUUACUAA